AUGAGUUCAAGCUUUUACCUCAACCCAAAUUACAAUGUAACCCCUAUCUAGGGACCUAUGGUUCUCGAAGCAUACCUAAAAAAGCUCAAAAACUUCAGAGCAAAAGCUCUUUUUUUAUCAAGAUUCACCAAAAGAUGAUUUACCCUGAAUUUACACACUGGCGUAUUUUCUUAUAAAAAGAAAGAAUCUGACAAAAACCCUCAUGAGUCUCACAAUCUUAACGAUUUAAUUGGUUUUGAUCCUAACCCACGAGUUACUAUAGUGUCAGAUUGGAAAUUUUUGUUUUCAAUAGAAUUUAACACUAGGACUUAUACGCUUUAUACUGAUUCAUUAUCAACUCACAAUCAAUGGUGUCUGGCGUUUAAAGCACUCCUUACUAGAGCUCAUACAAAUCCAGCUGCAGAAAGCUCAACGACUUUUUCACGAGCAGGGAUUUCAAUGGCUAAUGAAAAUCGUUAUGAAAGCCCAGAAAGGCGAGUUAGAGGAAAUUCUGAAUCUCCCUUCAUGAUUAAGUAAAAAUUAGCUUGGUAUCAGAUUAUAUGAAAAUCUAGAUUUUUAAAUUCCCUUUAAAAUAAUUGAUAAAAACUAAAAGAUUGUCUGCAAUACAAGCUGCCUAAAUUAUGAGUUGUACAUUUCAUUUAUUAUCAUUAAAAUAGUUUAUUUUCUCGAAAUUUUUCUCAUUUUUGGCUAGUUUCCAAUAUUCUAUGAGGGAAGUGAGGAAAAUACUCCUUCUGAUGGUGGAUAUCAAGAGAUUCCUCAAAGAGGAAACCGAUUUAAUUCGCAAGCACAGAUAUCUCAACCACAUAAUGAAAAAUCAAAUUUCCCUACACAUCCUGAUGAAGGUUAUUUUAAUCCUCCAAAGCUUGAAACCUCCAAAUUGACGAGUCCAGUUAAAUCAACCCAUCAACGGAGAGACACUAUAUGUUCAGAAGAUGAUCCAACACCUUCACAAGAAAAUAAUCCAGUGCAGCCAUCUCCUCAAAAAAAAGAAAAUCCUCAACCGAUUGAAAAUGAGACAAAAUAUAUAUUAAUACUUGGCUCAUGUUUUUCCUCUGGAGUUUUUGGUAAUGGCAAUUUGUUCUGCGAUAUUUGGUCAAAUUUUUUCCCUGAGACAUUGGAUCGAAAUUUGACGGCUUUUCAGAGCAAAUGUGUCAGGAAGAAAAAAUUGAUCACUAAAUCAAAUGAAAUGGAGCCUUAAUACUAAGCCCGAAGCGAAUAUAGAGGAGGAUCGAUAUAAAUAUCAUCAAAUAUAUAAAGCUGAGGAAGAAUUAGAGGUUCCACCAUUACAGCCUUUAAUUAGGAUGAAGUCAAAAGAUCCUGAUGAAUAUGAAAGAAAAAUUCAAACUAUUGAGAUUAAGCAACAAGCUGAAAUGAAUUUACAAGGCGGAGGCAUGGAAAAAUAUCAAGACCCAGAAAAAGGGUCAUGGCAACAUGAAGGAGGCUAUUCUUUACAAAGAAAAGAAAUUCCAGAGCAAGAUUAUGAAGUUUUAUAUUGUUUAGCAUUAAAUUGCAAUGAUAGAUUAUUUUCUUAUCGUAAUUAUAUAAAUUUAUAUAAUAAACACCAAUAUUAAUUUCUAUGGUAUACAAAAUCAAAAUUUACAGAAUAGAAAUACUGAAAUAAAUCAGACAAAUCCAAUAAAUUAUCAUGAUUAUAUAGAACAAGGCGGGAUCUAUGAAAAUAAGCAUGUUCUAGAUAUUGAUCAUUAUGAGGAAAAGAAACAAGAAAGAGAAAGCAGGGUCGAUUUUGUAGACCAAUGCAAAGCUUCAAUCGGAAUUAAAGAAGAUGUAAAGAAAAUAAAACGAGAAAGACUUCAAGAAAGGCAGCCUCAAAAUAAAGAGCUUGAGUCGAAUUAUCAAGACUUGGUAGACCAACACAAAGCCUCAAUUGGAUUUAGAGAAGAUGCAAAUAAAAAACCUCAAAAUAAUAAGCCUGAGCCAAAUUAUCAAGACAUUGUAGACCAAUAUAAAGCCUCAAUUGGAUUUAAAGAAGAUCUAAAUAAAAAUAAUAAGCCUAAGCCAAAUGGUCAAGACUUGACUGAUCAAUAUAAAGCCUUAAGUGAUAUGAGAGAAAAUGAAAUCAAAGGAAGACAAGAGUGGCCUGAAGAAAAAAAAUCUAAAAAUAGCAUGCCUAAGUCAAAUUAUCAAUUGAAAUAUGAAAAUAAAGUUGAUACAGAGCAAAAAUAUUCUACGUUUACAAAAUCAGAUUCCCCGAAUAAAGAUUUAACACCUACUAAAACACGUUUUUUCGGACCCCAGACUGGGAUGAUGGACGUUUUUGAUGAUUUUGAAAAAUUUGGGCUAGACGAUGUAGAGGUGAGACCAAAGCUGCCGAUGUCUAAAAGCAAAAAAUUGGUGAAUUCUGGGAAUAAGCAGCAAAUUGAAGAAAUUAAAGUGGCUUCUCAUUUAAGCGAAAAACGACUCCAUAAUCCUGUAGAAAUUAAGGAUGAGGAGCAGAUUAAAAGGCCAAUUCAUAAUCCAGCUUCCCAAAAUCAAGAUAUUGCAGGCAAUCAUGAGCCAAAGCAAAGCUUCAAUUUUAAGAUAAAGAAGAAUCCAAGUAAUAAAUCAACCAAAACUUUUUCCUACAAAGGGCAUAGCAAUUAUCAAGAAAAAACAAAUAUUCAGCCGACUAAAGAAGAAAUUAAUAACUGGGAUUGGGAUUAA